AUGAAGCCUUUUUCAGCAGCAGUUCUGCUCAUUAUCAGCUCAAUCAACUCAAUAUCAGCACAAUCAUGUCCGGCUUUCCCCAUUGGCCCGGGACCUUCGAGCCAGUAUCUGCCCAAUCCUUUCAUCUUUCAAAAUGGCGACCCUAUCGACUCGCUCGACGAUUGGGCUUGUCGUCAACGCGAGAUGUCCCACCAACUUCAAACGUACGAGCUCGGAACGCUACCACCCAAGCCCUCAUCUGUUAGUGGAUCUUGGAGUGGCAACAGCUUAACUAUCAACGUCAGUGAGGGUGGAAAGUCCAUCAGCUUCUCGGUCUCAAUCAACAAGCCCGGCGGCACCAAUGUUCCAGCCAUCAUUGCAUUUGGUUUCGCCAGCAUCCCUGUCCCGUCCAACGUCGCAACUAUCACCUUUGAUAACAAUUUGAUAGCUCAACAAGAUGGCCAGGGAUCUCGCGGUCGCGGCAAAUUCUAUGAUUUGUACGGAAGUGGACACAGUGCAGGCGCCUUGACGGCCUGGGCUUGGGGUGUCGCCCGCAUCAUCGACGCCCUCGAGAGCACGCCUGCCGUGGGUAUUGACCCGACUCGGGUUGGUGUGACUGGCUGCUCUCGCAAUGGAAAGGGCGCCAUGGUUGCUGGUGCCUUAGAGCAGCGUAUUGUGUUGACUCUGCCUCAGGAAUCGGGCGCUGGUGGUUCCGCGUGUUGGCGUAUUGGAAACUGGCAGAAGCAGCAAGGACAGAACGUUCAAACAGCAUCUCAAAUUGUCCAAGAGAAUGUUUGGUUCAGCCCUGCGUUCAACUCGCACGUCAACAACAUCAACAGCCUCCCGUUCGAUCACCACAUGGUCGCAGGCCUAGUCGCUCCGCGGGCACUAUACGUAAUGGAGAACGCCGACAUGGAGUGGCUCGGCUGGACUGCUACUUAUGGCUGCAUGGGCGCGGCGAGGAAGCAAUGGGAGGCUUUGGAUGCGCUCGACAGCUUUGGUUACAGCCAAGUUGGUGGCAAUUCCCACUGCUCAUUCCCGAGCUCGAAGCAGGGCACAGAGCUUGCUGCCUUCAUCAACAAAUUUCUCCUUAAGACUUGCUCCGGCAAUACCAAAAUCUUUCGCACGGAGAAGAACCAUGGAAGUUUCAAUCCGGAUACUUGGGCUGGGUGGGACGUGCCUGUUCUUGCGUAG